AUGACUUGCAAGAAAUAUGUAUUUCUUUUCUUCAUAUUAAGCUAUCUGAACUUUAGAGUUGAGCCACUUAAACCUUUAGGACGUUUAGCUCAUUCUACUGUCCUUGUUGAAAAUAAGAUUUAUUUUUUUGGCGGGUUUACUGAUGGUGGUUGCUCAAAUGAAGUUUUUUAUCUUGAUUUAUCUAAACAAUUUAAUGUGGAGGUUCCACUAUGGACCAACAUUACAUUAAAGACAGGAUUAAAAUUUUCAAAUUGUUGGGCAUCAGCAGCAAUAACUAAUAAUAAUAAUCCAAGUAUUUAUCUAAUUGGAGGAUUAUUUGAAACUACGACGUCUAGAUUAUCUACGCUGGCAUUUGAUCUAAAAACAGGACAUUUAAACAAACCUUUAAUUAAAGGAAAGAUGCCAAAACAACGGUUGGAAUUUCAAGUAGUUGCUGAUGAUUUUGGAAACAUUUAUGUUUUCGGUGGAUUUUUAUUAAAUUCAUUAACAAAUGAGAUGGCAAUAUUAAAUACUAAAGAGAUAAGAUGGAUAUAUAGCCCUGUACUUAAUGAACCCACACCGCGAGCCGACUUUACUGCAACAAUAUUAUCAUCUGGUGUUAUUGUAUAUAUCGGAGGUCGCGAAUUUACCAAUAAUAGCAUUACAAUUGCUAUUAACGAUAUCCAAAAAUGUUAUAACAAAUUACCCAAUCCCCCCAAACAACGUGUCUUUAACUGCAGAUAUCGAUAA